AUGGCCGCCCGCGGCGGCACCUUCAUCCCCAGCCCCUCCGCCGCCACCUGCAAGGGGGACCGCAGGGCGAGCGGCCGAGCCCUGGGCCCGGCCCCCGCCAGUGUCCAUGUUGGGCCCCCCGCUUGUCCCCAGAGUGCCACCGCCCGCUGCCUCGCGGCGCGGCGCCUGCCCCGGCCCGCGGCCGUGCGGAGCCGCCCGCGCCGCGCCUGGCGCUGGGGGAACCUGCUCGUCUCCUUCGCGCACUCGGUGCUCGCGGGGCUCUGGGCGCUGCUCAGCCUCUGGAACUCCUCGGAGCUGCUCGGGGACAUCCAGGACGGCUACUGCGUCUCGGGGCACCUGCUCGUCUGCUUCUCCUCAGGCUACUUCAUCCACGACAGCUUGGACAUCAUCAUGAACCACCAGUCGCGCUCGUCCUGGGAGUACCUGGUGCACCACGCCAUGGCCAUCUCCGCCUUCGUCUCGCUCAUCGUCACGGGCCGCUUCCUGGUGGCGGCGAUGCUGCUGCUGCUGGUGGAGGUGAGCAACAUCUUCCUGACGGCGCGCAUGCUGCUCAAGAUGAGCAACGUGCCCUCGCCGGCACUCUACGAGCUCAACAAGUACGUCAACCUGGUGAUGUACUUCGCCUUCCGCCUGGCGCCCCAGGCCUACCUCACCUGGUACUUCCUACGCUACGUGGAGGUGCAGGGCCAGGGUGCCUUCCUCAUGGCCAACCUCCUGCUGCUCGACGCCAUGAUCCUCAUGUACUUCUCCCGCCUCCUGCGCUCCGACUUCUUCCCCUCCUUGCACAAGGCGUCUGCAGGGAGAGACGUGGACGGGGAGAAGUUCCUGAUAGACUGAGAGGCGCCGCGUGCCGGGAGCCCGGCGCCGGCUCCGGGAGGCCUUCCGUACCUGCUCCGAUGUGCCUUAGGGCUCGCUGCCUUCACCCGCUCC